AUGUACGCGGAGAACGAGAAGCAGAAGGACGAGUGGAUCGGGGCUAUCGGGCGCGCAAUCGUCAAGUUCUCCAGCUCCUUCACGGGCGACCAGGACGACGACGCUAACUAA